UCAUGGGCGGCGUGUCAUGUGCCACCGCUUGCACAUCGGCAUCUUGUGAAUCGUGCGGCUGCGGUUCCAGUGGAUGCACUUCUUGUGGCUGCGAGCGAAAGCUACCGAACCUGCCGUUUGUAGAGUUCAGUGCCGCUCCAGACAUCAUUAUCCCUGAGUCGGCCAUUGCGCACUUCGCUAUCCAUUCAUCGUUCGAGCCACAGGACUUGGACGGAGCAUGGUAUCGAAGCAGCGACGGGGCGAAUGUGGGCGAGUUCUCAAAAGGGAACUUCAUUUGGCACAUGGAUUGGGACAUUGAGGAGACCAUCUCCAAGGUCCACCUGCUGGGUGGAAACGAGCUACGCCUGGUGGCCCACAGUCUGUCGGGGUCGGAGCAUGGCCUGCUGGAGCUCUGUGGCACCGUGUCAUUGGAGGCACAGCCUAACAUCCACUGGCAAGAUGGAGAGAUCUGGUUGCGCAAGUGAUCCAAAGUGAUCCACAGUGAUUUGGCUAGUAGUUUCGAACAGUUCGUUUACUUUUACGCUAUGUUACACAAUGACCACCUUUUUGGGGGAUGGGGUCGAAACCACCAGUGAUGUUUGCAGCCCGGAUGCGGAUCAUUCAUCGACGGGGCGUUGAAGCGUCAUGGGGCGUCAAAAGAUAUCGGGUGAUUUGUUCAGCCCGGGUCACCCAGGGAUUUAUG